UCGCCGAGGAAAAACAACAGCCCCUCAAAGGGAUUCUCAGCACAGCUUAGCUUCUUAGUUUGCUCUAAAGUCCUGACUAAUUCUAACUAAUUAAAGCGUUCUUUUUUAAUUUAGAGCUCAGUCAGACUGACACGAUAGUUUGAGUUCAAUUAUUCUAUUGAGCGAACUAACAGUUUUGUUUUACAUCUUUCGCUAAAAUAUGUCAGGCCGCAGUGACAGGCUAACAACGCGCUACUAGCGGUCUAUAAAACUAUUUUACAUAGUUUGGGAAAAAAAUUAAAAAAUACAAUAAAAUAACUUACAUGCCUUAAUUCGUCCAAAAGCUUAGCAAACACAGCAGAGUUGUCUUUGCGUUUAAUAUUAACGUCACACCUCAGGAAUGUGCUAACGUUAGUAUGUCAAAGGUGCAGUCAAACGUCUCUCGGUGAGAGAGCAAGACAAAAGGAUGAUCUUGAAGAUUUAACCAAGCAUUGAGAAACAUGCCUCAACGGAAGAGAGCCCUUGUUCCCAUUAACACAAGACGAAGGGUUAAAGGUGAUGAAGAUUACUUCCCUUUCAACUCCCUACCCAUGGAGUGCCAGCUCCAUGUGCUCUCAUUCCUCAGUGAGGUGGACAAGUGCAACUCGGCCCUUGUGUGUGCAAGCUGGAGUUGCUUAGUGCGCUCCGGGAAGCUCUGGAGAGUUGCGGACUAUUCUCGCCGUGGGGUGUUUCACCUGGGCCAGGAGGGUCUGCUAGUUUCCAACAGAGAGUUUGAGCGCUGGAAAGCUUGGGUUCACCAUUACACCCAUCAUCUUAUAUCCCGUGGGGCUAGUUUGCUCACUCUGAAGGCCAGUUUUGAUCUAGGGGACCUGUGCAAUAAAUGGGGAGAGCUCCUGUCACACCUUCUAGAGAACGUCCAUUGCCGUGAUCUCAGUCAUUUAGAUUUAAACUGGACAUUUACGCUGCUGGAGCCCCUCGACCUCCGUGUUCACACCAGUUCUAGCUCUCAUCAAGACAAUAUUACCAAGAUGGACCAAGUCAAUAACUUCCAGAUUCUCCUCACCAGACUCGUCCACAGCUGUCCCAGGAUAACCAAAAUGCGGCUGCACUUCGACUGGUCCGAAACGUCAGUUACGCUGAUCACUCAGUUUCAACACCUUCGUAUCUUAGAACUGAAGUACUUUUGGGUAUUCAAAGGGGUCAGCCCGAACACUUUACAGACACUGACGAAAUCGCUCCCUAAUCUAAAGUCCCUGACGCUCCAUGUUCUUGUACCUCUGCGAAAUUUAGGCAUCUCGUACACCCUUGAAUCCCUUUCGCUUGAGUUCUUGGAUGUGUCGCCCAGUCGCGGUCUGGUCUUCUCCUGCCUAAACCUUCCAGCGCUGCGAGAGCUGCGGGCGAAGAAGAUCGUUCGGGGCAUUACUCUGGACCGCAGGACUCGACUACAGAUACAGAGCCGAUGGCCCUGCUUGUAUCAGGUCUUGCGUGAGGGAACGCCAAAGCUUCAGGCGCUUAACAAUGAAAGACUCCUUCCCAACUGGAAAGAGCAAAGUUACAGAGAGCUGACGUCAAUCCUCCAGCAGUCUUGCUAUUGCCUUCAGCAUUUAGACAGUUGGCUCUGGUGAAGCUGAAUCUUAAAACAAUCACGGCCACGUCCGGAAGGAAAAACA